AUGGAUAGGAAGGUCUCGAGAACUAACUCCUCCAACGCCGACGACCACCCUCACCUCCCCAUCCACCUCUCCACCAAAUCCUCUGCCGCCGCUCCGAUAAUCAACAGCGAAAUGGAGCUAGGCGAACUCACCAACGAUGCGACCCCGGCCGCGGAAGCCCUCGGCGCGGCGCCCGCUCCUGUCGAGAACGACAUAAUGCAGAUUGCGAGGAUUGGCGACGUCGCCGGCAUGGAGAAGCUCUUCGAGUCGGGAGAGUAUGAUGCUACGUACACAGACGAGGAAGGCAUCACGCCGUUACAUUGGGCGGCGAUAAACAACCAAUACGCCAUGUGCAAGUUCCUCGUCGAGCAUGGCGCCGAAGUCAACAAAAAGGGCGGCGACUCCGUCGCGACACCCCUCCAAUGGGCCGCCCAGCGCUGCCACUACUACGUCGUCAACUUCCUCCUCCAGCACGGCGCAGACCCUCUCAUCACCGACUCGCAAGGCUACAACACCCUCCACAUCGCCACCUUCAACGGCAACGUCCUCCUGCUCGUGCUCCUGCUCCACCAGGGUAUCCCCGUCGACGUCGCCGACAGCUACGGCCACACGGGGCUCAUGUGGUCCGCCUACAAGGGCUUCCCGCAGUGCGUCGACGUCUUCCUCCGCUGGGGCGCUAGCGUCGAUGCUGUUGAUGAGCAAGGGUUCACGGCGCUGCAUUGGGCUCUCGUCAAGGGGUCGGCUGCUUGCAUUCUUAAGCUUAUCGAGUACGGGUCCGAUCGCUUCGCGAAAACGGAAACGGGGAAGACGCCCGCCGUUACGGCGCAGGAGCUGAACACGACCGCUCAGUGGCACCGCGCCCUUAGGGAGUGCGGAUAUGACAGUGAUGGACAUGCCAUCAUCCCUCCUUGGCCGUGGGCGUCGUACUUUCUUAAGGAUAGGAGGGGUUUCGUGAACAAGUUCCUGUUCGUCUUUCCCACGAUUCUUAUCUGGGCUGUGAUUAGCAUUUUAGCGCAUAUGCCGAUAUUUGCGGGUGUGCCUAUCGCCCUUGCGGUUGGGUAUGGGUUGAUGUGGUGUGCGAACCAGGUUCUGGAGCAUGCGCCUUCAGAUAUGCGACAUUAUCAGAGGACGCCAUGGUUAGCGGGUAUCUUCGCCGGAUCGCUCUUCUUGAUCGGGUUGAACUGGUUGUACCCAGUGUUUGGGGCAACCACCUUUUCAUCGGCCACCGAGACACAUUGGAUCCUCAAUCUCGCGUUCUUAUCCUGCUACCUAUUUGUCGCCUACUUCUACAUGACCUGCAUGGUCUACGACCCUGGUUUUGUGCCCAAGAUGAAGGGCAUCGCUGAGCAAAAGGCUGUUAUCGAUGAGCUGCUCAAGGAGUGGAAGUAUGAUGAUUCCAACUUUUGUGUGACGUGUAUGAUUCGCACACCUUUGAGGAGCAAGCAUUGCAAGAGAUGUCAGAGAUGUGUUGCCAAGCAUGAUCAGAAUUUCUUCUUUUAUGUUGUUGGUCUUACAGGCGGCAUCUUGUUUUAUGAUUGGAUCCUGUACUACUACUUCUCUGCCCUAACCCCCAAGGCAUCCGACUCUUGCAAUCUCCUCGGCGCCAGCCUCUGCAAGGUCAUCAACGCCGACGCCUAUACCCUCAUCCUCGCCAUCUGGGCGACCCUCCAACUCACCUGGGUCUCGAUGCUCCUCUUCGUCCAAGUCAUCCAAAUCUCGCGCGCUAUGACAACCUACGAGAACAUGUUCGGCAUCCAAGACGCCGACAUCACCAUGGCCUUCACCUCGACCGGAACGCCCCUCGACCCCAACCACCCAGCGCACUCCGCCACGGAAGCCGGCCCCCACGGCCACCACCACCGAAAACGCCACGGCGGCGGCUUCAUCAAGAACUGGGCCCGCAUCCUAGGCGUGGACCCCUUCAUCGAAACCGUGCGAGGGCGCGGCGCGGCGACGGGCAGCGGCAAGGACAGGCGCAGGAGGAAGAACCCUUACUCGAAGGGGUGCGUGACGAAUUGCAAGGAUUUCCUGUGCGAUCCCGCUCCGGUUUUCGGGGAGAGGAGGAGCGGGCAGGCAUGUCUGGGUGGCGAGGUGGUGAAUUAUUCGGAGAUGUAUGAGAGUCCGAGGAUGAUGGAGGUGGGGAGGAGGAGGAGGGGCGGGUAUGAAGCUGUGGCGGGCGAGGAGGUGUAA